ACUUCGAAAUUGACGAAGAAAGUAGAGAAGUUCAAGAAAUCAUGCGAGUCAGAGAGUUUCCGGCAAGUCCAUGGACUCUACAGUGCGUUUAUCCGCCGUCUCAGGGAAGCGAAGAAGUUCUCAACGAUCGACGAAGUUCUUCAGUACCAGAAGAAGUUCGAUGACAUCAAGUCUGAAGAUUUCGUUAUCCGUAUGAUGCUUUUGUAUGGCUACUCAGGAAUGGCGGAGCAUGCACACAAGUUGUUCGAUGAAAUGCCUGAGCUAAACUGUGAACGUACUGUCAAGUCGUUCAAUACGCUUUUAUCGGCUUAUGUUAAUUCAGGGAAGCUUGAUGAGGCCAUGAAGGCUUUCAAGGAGUUGCCGGAGAAGCUAGGUAUUACCCCUGAUUUG